AUGAUGUCUGUGUUCAAAAACCUAAAGACAAAUCUGAUCCAAAACAAUGCCAAAUGUCUACAGAGGAAGGCAUCGAUUACUCACAAAGGGGACAGUGGCUUCGUGCAGCUGUCUUGGGAGCCAAUGAUAGGUGUUGGAGCUGUGAAAAAAGACGUCAAAUCCAUGAUUCUUUCUGGGUUUGCCAUGCUAGUUGCAGGUGCAUGCAGUAUGGCAAUAGGGGAAUUUGUUUCAGUAUACUCUCAGCUAGAUGUAGAAGUGGCUCAAAUUAAGAGAAGUCAACAAGAAAAAGAAAAAGAUCAGCUGCCAAAUCCUAUCCAGGCAGCUGUAGCAUCAGCUCUUGCAUUUUCCUUAGGAGCGAUUGUUCCUUUACUGGCUGCAUCUUUCAUAGGGGACCAUAAGGUGAGGAUGGGGGUGGUGGUAGCCGCAGUGAGCAUGGCACUAGUGGUUUUCGGAUGGGCUGGUUCUCUACUUGGAGGCACUCCUGUGGUGAAGUCUUGUUUUAGGGUUUUGUUUGGAGGGUUGAUGGCUAUGGCCAUCACUUUUGGACUAACCAAGCUGAUUGGAUCUACUGCCAUAUAA